AGAAAUAAAGUUUCGGAAGCAGAACAGUCUUUAAAAGAGUGGGUAAACAAGUCGGAGGGGUAUCUUGCGGAAGGAAAGGGCUAUCAAGAAGUAUGGGGAACCACAGUGGAGACUUGUAAUUCAAGAGCCAAUGCUGCUAGGGACGUGGCCAGUGGGACGAAAGAAAUCGUUACUGAAGUCAUCAUCGAGAGGGCGAAGAUGAAUCCGUUGCGCGACCAUUUACUACGUCUCAUGAAGAAGGCUACGGGUGAGGUAAAAAAAAAUGUGAGUGUCCUUAAUGGGGCGGCGGAUGCAGUCGAAGAGGCAAGAUAUUUGGAUCGAAUAAGUGCACUCGCGAUGAUGAACAUGAGAGUUAUGUUGGAGAAUCGAAACGAUAGCAGAAAACAACAUACAGAAGUGCUUGAGGGAGUGGAUGAAAAAAAAAGGUCGGUGGAACGGGAAGCGCUUAUUAAGAGGAGCAAGAGAGUGUAUAAAGAACUGAAUGAGGUUUAUCAUCACCUCCUAGUGAUCAAACGAAGAAGUCACGCCUGCGCGAGGGAAGUAAGUAAUGGUGUAAUCGCUACGAAGAAUAGGAUUCUCAGAGCGUGGGAACUGUUCGAUGCGGUGAAAAAUCAAUUUGCAAAGAAAGAUGAAGAGUACGAAGAGGAUUUGAAAAAAUUCGGCGAUGCUAUUGGGGAAUCACUGAGGGAGGAAUUAGUACGCGUAACUUAUUUCAACAACAAAAAGAAAACGGAUGAGGUACUGUUCGUUGUCGGUCGAACGUCUGCGAGCGCGAUUGCGGGAGCUGCCCCACCACAUGAGGCAAAGAAGAGGACAACUGACAAAGCCAAACUUGCGGAGAAGGUGGCGGCGACAAAGAAGAACGAAAAAGAAAGGUUGGAGCGGGAAAAAGUGGAGGAGGAAAAGGUGUUGAGGAACCUCCGUGAAGAAAGGCAAAGGGAGCUGGAGAGAAAGAGGGCCGAAGAAGAAAAGAAAAAGGCGACAGAAGAAAGGCGAAAGGAGCAGGAGAGAAAGAAACCUGAAGAAGAGAAGAAAAAGGGUAAACAGGAGUUGGAGAGAAAGGCAAAGGAAGAGAUGGAGAAAAAAAAGAAACAAAAAGACGGCAGCAUCGGCCCUGUAUUGAUGCACAGUCCCUUUUUGCUUCUUGUUCUGCUGUGUGUGUUGGGUUGCACUGUCGUGUGCUGA